AUGAACACAGAUAUGAGGGAGGUUUUAUCCCUGGAUGCUCAAGUUCCUGAGGUGUGGCAAGGGCUUCCAAAAGAGAAAGUGGAUGCAGAAAGCCUCCAAAGACAGGAAUCCAGACUGAAACACAAUAAUCCACUGGCAAGAGAGAUCUUCCGAAGGCGCUUUCGGCAGCUAUGCUACCAGGAGACUCCUGGGCCAAGAGAAGCGCUUAGCCAACUUCAAGAAUUUUGCUGCCAGUGGUUGAGGCCACAUGUGAAUUCCAAGAAACAGAUUUUGGAGCUGCUAGUGCUGGAGCAAUUCCUGACUAUCCUGCCUGAGGAACUCCAGGACUGGGUGAGGGAACAUUGUCCAGAGAGUGGAGAAGAGGUCGUGAUUCUGCUGGAGGAUCUGGAGAGAGAGCUUGAUGAACCACAACAUGAGAUGGUAGUCCACAGACACGAACAAGAAGUCCUCUUUAAAGAGAGAUUGCCUCUAGGAAAGCAGACAUCACAGAACCUUCAGUCCCAACCCAAGGAGCCCCCGCUUACAUGUGACCCUGCUCAAGAGCCCUACCCCAUUGGAGAGACAGAUGGAGUGACCAAGAUUCAGGACAGGAAGUUGGUGCUAAGGAAAGACUGUUCUAAGACUAUGGAAGCAAAGGGGAAAAUGCUUCAUGGACAGUCCUGGGUAUCGUCCCAAUGUACCCAACAUGGAGAAGUUGGUAAACAUAAGGGUCAAACUGAGGGGAAAUGGGGACACCCCUUGCGAGAGGGACAAUACAAAUGUGAUGAAUGUGGGAAGUGCUUUGCUCAGAGCUCAGGUCUCAUUCGACAUCAAAGAAUUCACACUGGAGAAAGACCCUAUGAAUGCAAUGUGUGUGGGAAAACCUUCAGUAGAAGUUCUGGUCUUUUCAAUCAUCGGGGAAUCCACAAUAUACAAAAACGGUACCACUGUAAGGAAUGUGGCAAAGCCUUUAGUCAGAGUGCAGGCCUUAUUCAGCAUCAGAGGAUCCACAAGGGAGAGAAGCCUUAUCGUUGUCCUCAGUGUGAUAAGUGCUAUAGUCGGCGCUCAUUUCUCAUUGAGCACCAGAGAAGCCACACAGGAGAACGACCUCACCAGUGCAAGGAAUGUGGGAAAAGCUUUAAUCGUCACUGUAACCUUAUCCGUCAUCAGAAGAUACACACAGUGACUGAGCUGUUCUAG